UCUUGUUUUGUGUGUCCACCAGUGCGUUUACCUCUGUUGUCCAAAGUUCAUCCAAUCGUCCGAGCGCCUGACUACAGGCUUUACACAAAAAUAUGGACAUAGCUGCUGUAAAUCUUCUUCCUUAUGAAGAUUUUGUUAAUAUUUUCGGAAACGUGGUGGAAAAAUGUCCCAUAAUUCCUGCUGCUGUGUGGUCCAGGCGUCCUUUCGUGAGCGUAAAAGCUUUUGAAGCAGCUAUUAAUGAGUUCAUUGAUGCUCUCCCUGAAUCAGGUAAAGAGGGGAUCCUCAGAUGCCAUCCGGACCUUGCUGGAAGGGAUCUCAAAAGCGGCACUUUGACCAGAGAGUCUCAGGAGGAGCAGGCUGGAGCCGGCAUGGACGCGCUGAGCUCCUCGGAAGCUGCGCGCAUGGCGCGCCUGAACGAGGAGUACAAGAAGCGCUUUGGGUUCCCUUUUGUCAUUUGCGCGCGGAUAAACGACAAGGCGGCCAUCCUGCAGCAGCUGUCCGCGCGCUGCCAGAACGAGCUCGCUGUAGAAAGGGCGCGCGGUAUCGAGGAGGUGAAGAAGAUCUGCCACCUGCGCAUCAACACCUUGCUGCUUUCUGACGGAACGUUCAAGUUAUGAACUGAAAGAGACGCGCGCACCUCUGUGCCAAACCCCAAUACUGCUGUCAGACGUGUUGUAUUCUUUAUUUCAAAUAUAUAAGUUGAGUUUUUAAUGAAAUAUCAAUAUGUUAAACGUAAUAUAGAACAAUAAAGCUGAUUCACAUUUGAGAAA